CUACGUUUCUCAUUUUGAAGUAUAUGAUUGUAUUUAUGUGGCUUGUGCCUUUCAGUGUCGAGAUUACAUAAAGGGUUUAACAUGAGCACGGACAGUAUCGAAAAGCUGUACAAAAAUUUUGGCAUUUUGGCGGACGCCAAAGACAAACUGGCCGAGCAUGAGAAAGAAUACCUAGAAAUUCUCACAGCAGUGAAAGGCUCACCUAAAGAAAAACGAUUAGCAUCGCAAUUUAUAGCAAGGUUCUUUAAGUACUUUCCAAAAUUGGCUGAUCAAGCUAUAGAUGCUCAUCUGGACCUCUGUGAAGAUGAAGACAUGGCUAUUAGAAAACAAGCUAUUAAAGAUUUACCUGCUUUAUGCAAAGAUAAUAAGGAACACACAGCAAGAAUUGCAGACAUUUUAGCUCAGUUGCUCCAAGCUCAAGAUUCAUCUGAAUUAGCUGUAGUUCAUAAUAGUGUUAUGACCCUUAUGAAGACUGAUCCAAAAGGCACAAUAAGUGGAUUCUUCAGUCAAAUUAUUAAUGGUGAUGACGGAACACGUGAACGUUGCAUAAAGUUCCUAGCAACAAAACUGAAAGCAAUAGGUCAUGAUGUUAUUGUUAAGGAACCAGAAGACCUGUUAAUUUCAGAAUGCAAGAAAGUAUUACAAGAUGUGACUGCGGAUGAGUUCCAUAGUAUUAUGGAAAUACUUGCCUGGACUAGAUUAGGUUCAACAGUUAACGGACAACAGGAACUAGUAGAUAUUACCACAGAACAAGCUGAAUUAUCUGAACCAUUUAAACAUACUAAUGUUGAACAAUGGAAUAGGCUUGUGCAAUGUAUUAAGCAUGCACUUCCUUUUUUUAGCUCUCAGAUAGACUCGUCGCGUUUCGUCUCUUACAUCUGUGUACAAGUUUUGCCGCAUCUCUCUUUAAUCACUGCGCCAGAUGGUAGGGACGUACAACUGGAAUUAUUAAAGCUUCUUGCUGAGUUAACUGUCUUUUGUGGGACAAUUGAUAAACCAGAAGAGAAAGUGCAACAGCUCUAUAAUACCCUUAUAACGUAUAUGCCGCUUCCACCAGCUACAGAAAUAACAGAGGUACCGAAAUUGGAGUUUAGUCAUGUCGAGUGUCUUAUGUAUUCCUUCCAUAAGUUAUGCAAGCAAACACCUGAAUUUUUAAUGAAAGAUCCGGAACAGCUUAAAGAAUUCAGGCUAAGAUUACAGUAUUUUGCGCGUGGUAUUCAAGGUUACAUAAAAAAGUUACGGGAAGCGAUCAGCGGCAAGUCUGAGGAAGAACUGAGAUCCGAGGAGAAUCAGUUAAAGGUUGUCGCCUUGAAGACAACCAACAAUAUUAAUACUUUAAUUAAAGAUUUAUUUCAUUCACCGCCUAGCUUUAAAAGUGUUAUACAUCUUUCGUGGAAAACGUCGGUUACUGAUAAGAAGAACGAAAAGAAUUCCUCCGUUCAGAAGAGACAUACUCCGAUUACGUUUGGCAAUGACAGUAACUCGAAUAAGCGUAGUAAAGAGGACAAAAGUAAGAGAGAAAUAUAUACUCCACCUAGUGGCAAAUACAGUUCAAACAUAUCAUCAAAUUAUGGUCGUGGUAGAUUUAGAGGAAAUAGGUCAGGUGGCCGAGGUGGUUACAGACCCAGAGGUCGUGGUACAUGGAGAAAGAAUUUUUAUUAACCGUCUGACUGCUUGAGUACCAAGCAUAAAAUGGCAAGGGCUGCAAUAAUAUCAAAGACUAUACCAGGCCUGUAAAAUGUACAUACAUACAAAUCAGGAAUGUAAAAGUGAUCAUUUACGGAGAGUGCUUUUAACCCUUUGCGGACUACCGCCGUAUAUAUGUGUUCUGCGUAAACCAUCAAUCUGGCCGAUGAACUCAUAUAUGCGUUCGGCAAAAACAACUAAUAAAAGUCGUGAAUAAACAAAUAAACAUUUUAUUUAUCCUGUGGAGAAUCUGUGCAUGCAUAUAUAUGUUCAGAAUUUGGCAUCUUGGAGUGCUAUGAACGAUAAUAGCAUGUAGGCAGAAAUGUGCGCUGGCAAUUUCAAACGACUAUCGUGA